CCAAUAUCGAGGGUGAACAUGGUCUCGUUAAGAGCCCGGUAGACAUGCUUGUACGAACACAUAAGCGGACAUAGCUUCCAGGCACCGAGGAAGCCGAAGAAUCAUUGUCAUCUUCCGAGGCAGCGAGAGAAGGUGGCUCGUUGAACGUGGCCGAGAUCCCCAAGAGCUCCUCGAUAACACUUCCUCGUCCCUCGCGCAGGCGUUCCCACCGAUCGCGACCGUGUAUCCAUAUGGCGCUCCCGUGCUUCCGAGCCAUCAGAAGCUCGUGAUCACCUCAAUGGCCGACUUCCCACCGAUAUCCUUCGCCCUCGCUGGUGCAGGCGAGCACCCCUUGUCUCGUGCUCGACACAACAGCCGAUCUGUCAUCAUCUCCCGCUCCAAUAGAUCUGCCACCCCUCAUAUACCCACCGCCAUCCUCCUCCUCCUCCUGCUUCCCCUCUGAACGACCCACCUAGCAUGCAGCAGAAGGCUCCGCUCACGCUGCACGUCCUCAUCGUCGGCUGCGGCCUCGGCGGACUCGCCGCUGCUCACUGCUUAGCGGCGGCCGGACACCGCAUCACGCUCUUCGAGUCAGCGUCUGCGCUCGGCGAAGUCGGCGCGGGCAUCCAGGUGUCCCCAAACGUGACGCGCCUCUUCCAACGCUGGGGCCUCGGAGAUGCGCUCGCGCGUCUCGCGGUCGAGCCCGAGGCGAUCGUCCUCCGCCGGUACAGUACCGGCCAGCGCAUCGGGUACGCGCCGCUCGGGAGGUUUGCGGACGCGUCGAGCGAGGCGUACUACAACGUCCAUAGGGCAGACCUCCACCGGCUGUUGUUCAAGCUCGCGGAGCCGAGGAUGACGCUGAGGCUUGCAUCGACAGUCGUGCAUAUCGAUCCGGAGAAGCCGUCGGUGAUGCUGGCAUCGGGAGAGAUGGUGGAGGGCGACGUGAUUAUUGGUGCUGACGGGAUUAAGAGCUACGUGCAGCAGGUGGUACUGGGGCAGUCGAACCCUGCGCAGGCGACGGGUGACGCGGUGUAUCGCGCGAUCAUCCCGGCCGAGCUCAUGCUAAAGGACCCGGACUUGCGGUCGUUUGUGGAGAAGCCCGAGAUGACGGUCUGGAUGGCACCGCGGCGGCACCUGGUGGGAUACAACAUCCGCGCGAAGGAGUUCUACAACUUCGUGAUGGCGCACCCGGACAACGGAUCGGUAGAGUCUUGGACAGCGCAGGGGAAUAUCGCGCGGAUGCGGGAGGAGUAUGCUGAUCUGGAGCCGCGGUAAGCGCGAGCGUCUCCUAUGCAUAGGCACGCUGAUGCGCCUGCAGCGUGCAGAAGAUGCUCAACUUUGUCACGUCGACGCUCGAGUGGCGUCUCAUGGACCGCAAGCCGCUUCCGACGUGGGUACACCCGUCCGGACGCGUGACGUUGCUUGGAGAUGCGUGCCAUCCUAUGCUU